AUUUGCUGAUGGUAAAUGUCCAUCUCUCCUGACACUUACCUUUGACCCCCUCUCCCUUUCUCCCCUACAUGUGAUUAGGCGUUCUUCAACUACAAACCGCACUGUUCCCUCCAUCGCAUACCUACGACCGCGUUUCGCCCUCACCAUGCCCGCCCGCACGCUUCCGACCAUUUCCAUCGCCGACGUCAAGGCGCGCAAUACUGUACAAUCCUGCUAUGUCACUAUUGGUACUAAGGUCUACGAUGUGACGAGCUUCCUUUCCGACCAUCCGGGGGGCGGCGACCUCAUUCUAGAGCAUGGUGGUCAAGACGUUGGAGACAUGAUGAAAGACGAAGCAUCGCAUUUCCAUUCGGAGGCUGCAUAUGAGAUCCUAGACGAGUGUCUAGUGGGCUUUGUAGGAAACGAGCAAGUGCUCAAUGGCGCCGUACAGAGCAUCAAGCCCGCAGAGACCGUACCUCUCCCCCUCUCCAGAGCCGGCCAAGCCGAACCCAUCUACGCUGCCACUGGCAUGUCCACCGAAGAAGACCUCUCUCGCCCCACAGACCCCAAUACAGACUACCAAACCCACAAAUUCCUUGACCUCUCGAAACCUCUGUUCUUACAAGUGUGGAAUGGCGGGUUCCAGAAAGACUUUUAUCUGGAGCAGGUGCAUCGGCCGCGGCAUUACAAGGGAGGAGACUCAGCGCCGCUGUUUGGCAACGUAUUGGAGCCACUGAGCAAGACACCGUGGUGGGUGGUGCCCACACUAUGGCUGCCUCCGGUUGCGUACGGAACGGCGCUGGGGGUAGGCAGCCUAGGGGUGCCGGUUGCGACGGCGUAUUGGUGUACGGGUGUGUUUAUAUGGACGUUGGUUGAGUAUAUACUUCAUCGGUUUUUGUUCCAUUUGGACUACUACCUCCCUGAUAAUCGCGUCGGCAUCACGCUGCACUUCCUGCUCCAUGGGAUCCACCACUACCUCCCCAUGGACAAGUAUCGCCUGGUCAUGCCACCAACCCUAUUCCUAGUGCUUGCAACGCCGUUUUGGAAACUAGCCCACACUAUCUUCUUCUACAAUUGGUAUGUGGCAGUGACUGUCUACUGUGGAGGUAUCUUUGGAUACGUCUGCUACGAUCUGACGCACUACUUCCUCCACCACCGCAACCUUCCCGCAUGGUAUCGCGAGCUCAAGAAGUACCACCUCAGGCACCACUUUGCGGAUUACCAGAAAGGCUUUGGCGUUACAAGCCGCUUCUGGGACUGGGUGUUCAACACCGAGCUGGAGAUGCCGCAACCCAAGGUCAUCAAAGCAUCGUAGAUGCGGUGUGUCUGGAUUGGCUUAAGUACUACUAGAAUUACUGCUCUGUGUAUAUAGGCAUCAACGAGGCGCUGGGGGUGGCUCUGGAUGAAUAUGCAGGGGCUUUUGAAGAUAAUGGCUGAUGGAAGGGCUCUGCUGCUGGGAACAGUGGGCAGGCUGUGUUUGAAAUGAAGUCACCAUCCGUAACAUCAAUGCACUCUGCUCACUGGUUUAG